CUGGUGUUUUACUUGAGUUCAUUGCUGAAAUUGACAUCAUUGCAUCUGCGUUUCCACGGCAACAGCGUGAGUGGGUUGUACGAUGAGACCAAUCAGAUUAUAUUAUGCUAACCAAGAGGAUCAAUAGCUGCUGUAGCAAGCCAUAUUGAAGAAGGCUUAGGAGGAUGUGAGAAGUGAAUACACCAGGGUAUGAUGCGGGUAGGAGGUCUAUAUUGAAUGGUGAUACCGUGUACUAUGGAGUGACCCCCUGGAACAAGUCCACACAAUGGCUGACAAUGAUGAUGGUGAUGCAAUAGAGGAACGUGAACAAGCUGACAGCGAUUCAGAUCCUGCUGAUCCCAAAUCUCAGGCAAAGUCUUCUAAACCACCUUUGGAAAAAUUACGGGAAGUGUAUUCUGAAUCAGACACCACUGCAAAAGAGUCCCAUGAAGCCAAACGUGAAGAGAGAUCAAGCUGCCCUGAUUACUUUGGCGUCAAAUCUUACUUACAUAAUUUCUAUGAAAAGGGUGUGAAGGACCCUGCGAUAUAUGAAGAUGAGGAUGAUUUUCGAUAUCUGAUUCAUCCGAAUCCUCGUCGCCGACGUUGUACACCUAUAUGGUGGAAGGUGUUUGUCUGGAUUGGAGCUAAUCUUCUGGUGUUUGGUGUCAUAGGAAUCAUAGUAGGGUAUAGCAUCCCACAGCAGCCUGUUAUCCUUGACAUUGACAAGCAAGGCAAUGAAAUCAUCAACAGAAAUGCUAUAACAUACGACUUCAAUUUGGAUAUAUGUAAACUUGUUGGACUCAUCAUAUUCUGCAUUGGUGGGUUGACUCUUACAAUAGCCCUUAUAUUCCCCAGCUGUCUUUAUAACUACUGCGAUGAGGAACGGAAACUAGGAUCUGAAUCUUUCAAGGUUAGACUCCUAAAGGAUGAUCUUCCUUCAAAAAGUCCUUUGGACAUGGCUAUACCUGCAACUGGGAAUGAAAAGUUUGUGCAGCCUGAGAGGAAAAAAGAAGAAUCUAUUGUUACUCCAGAAGGAAUAGUGAAAAUGACAGAUGAGCAUGCUAUUAUUCAAAAGUAAUCAUUUAAAACAACGGGAGAUAAUUGAAAACAUUGUGAAGAAAUUUAGUUUCUUGCUGCUGUUUAUUUUUGAGCCACAGAUUUUGUAGUGCAUAGUAAGGUUAAACACAUUUUCAUUUUUUCGCCAUGAAAAUAAACAGACAUUUUAUUUCCAAGCUUGUGGGAUUAUUUUUAAUACCAAAAGUUACAUGUAAUUGUAUUAUCACAGUAUUACAACCAUUAAAUACCACCAAUAAUAGUUGUUAAUGUCACAAUUCAUAUCUCCAAACAUUAGUAAAUCAAAUUAAAUGACUAUUUGUUGUAAUUUACUUGUUAACUGUCUUGUUUAUGUUAAUUCCAUAUUGCUAUUUAUACAAUACAAUAGUAUGUGCUGAAAUUAUUAAGCUGAAACAUCUACAAUGAAAUCAAAAGGUGUGGACAAUCAAUGUAAAAUAAAUCAAAGUGUUCAUUUUCUAUCUUUGUAUUGAUUUGACACAACAGGGUGAAGUUAGUUGUUUUAAUAAUUGGCUCAUGUUAUUUCAGGUCACAAUAACUGUUGUCAUGGUUUUGUAAUCAUUUUAACUAAAUCAAUAGCUUAAUUGAUCUUAUUUUGUUUUGCAAAUCAUAAGAUUUCCACACCUCAUCUUCAAUGUUUAUACCAAAAUAGGGUAAUUUAUAUUUCUUGAAAUUAUUUUUGUAUUCCAAAACAUAGUAAUUCAGGUCUUAUAUUUAUAGAUGCUUCUAAACUGAUUUUGAAUGAUGAAUAAAAUGAAACUGAUAUGUUUGAAA